GAUAAUGGCCAACAAACAACUCCGAAAGAGGUCGGUGGGCCAUCCCAACCCGAGAUGGCAGCUUCGGGUGGUCCAACAGCAGACGGCCAGGCGGUGUCUGGUCCAGCCACACACACGUAUGAGGAUGGAGACGCGUUCGGGAUGCGUCUCGGACCACCUCUGAAGGGAGAUCCUCGCAGCGCCCCGCCUGUCCCCCCCACCCCGAGGCCAGGACGAACCACCGAUGGGGCCCAACCUGUGGCGGCCGCCACACACGUGUAUGAGGAUGGAGAAUCGUUCGGGAUGCGUCUCGGGCCAGCUCUGAACCGAGACGCGCCUGCUGUCCCCUCCACCCCGAGGCCAGGAAGACCGACCGGCGGGGCCCAACAAGUGCCGGGCGGGCCAAAUCCGCUAUCAAACCCGCAGGACGUCUUCAACCAGCUGCGACCAAACCCGAUGUACAACUCCAACCAGGCCCCACAAGCUCCAGGCUCAGCCAAAGAAAGUAGCACCAUUUGUGGACGGCUACGUCGUCGCCUGUCACGACGACCACUGCUGUACACUGUCAUGUCUCUGUCACUGGCAUUCGCUACCACGGUUUCAUUGGCGAUCGUGGUACCUGUACUCCUGACGCACUUCAACCGCCAUCCUGGGAUCCAUGGCUCUCCGGCUACAACCAUAGCAGGACCCAAAACUACUGACAGUGGUGCCUGGCAAAGUUCUGCUGUACUGAUGGGGACUGACAAGGUGACAUCUGCUGACGUCAUCAAGGUGAUUCCAGUCCAUGGGCGUGGUCCCUCCUUGGCCCCUUUGCAGCCGACUACAAUCACGGCAGAACCCAAAACUACAGACAGCGGUGCCUGGAAAUGUUCUGCUGUACUGAUGGGGACUGGCAAGGUGACAUCUGCUGACGUCAUCAAGGUGAGUCCGGUCCAUGGGCGUGGUCCCUCACCCGGCAUCACUGCGGAGAUGGAAGCAGCAGGACCUGCACCAAUCACCAUGCCGGGUUCCACGGGCACUGGAGAAACAUCUGACAAAGCCAGCAGGCCACACAUCAUCACAUUUGGUGAUGAGCCGGGGGCUGGAAAACUGCGCAGAGCACGCGGAGUUGCAGUUUCCCCCGACAACAAGAUCUGGGUGGCUGAUAUGUACCAUGCCCGCCUCAAAGUGUAUAGCAUGGAAGGCGUUUACCUGCACCAGUUCCCACAAGCUGCUCCAGGGCUAGGGUACUCAUCAAAGAGGCCAUCUGCUGUGUCCAUCGACAGGGAUGGUCAUCUGUGGGUCUUGAUGCUUGGGUACCCUGCCAGCCCUGACUCCGUGGUACAGGUCAAUAGAGAUGGUAAUCUCAAAGCCAACUUUGGCCUGCCUGACACUGUGCCACGGGGAGGGGUCCGCGGAAUGGCCGUGGGCUUGUGCAAUAACCACGUUUACGUCACAUGGUCUGACGGUCUCUCCCGUGGUGGUGUGCAGGCCUUCACGCCGGAUGGGAAACUCCUGUGGGAUACCGGCCCGAGGCUAAUGAAGCCGAUGUACGUCGCCGUUGACGGGAAAAACAACAUCUUCGUCUCGGACUUUGGCACUAACUUCAUCUACAUGUACGACAAGGCCGGCCGGUACGUGCUGAAGUUCGGAGGACCGGGACGGAGUGGUUCCUACCUGAAUCGUCCCCAAGGCAUCUGUGUGGACGGUUCCGGUCACAUCAUGGUGGUGGAUUCACGUAACAAGCGCGUGGUGAUGUACACGGGCCGGGGUACGUACGUCCGCCACAUCGCUCUCCGUGCGGAAUCCCCCCCAGCAGGGGUGGCAGUGGGGCCGGGGGGACAGCUGGUUGUGGCCCAUAGUCUCACUAUCACUGUUCUCCCCCCGGGCUACUGA